UUGGACAGUGACAGGAAAAGUGACAAUUAAAGUUGACGUGUUCGGUUUUGGAGUGAUUUUAAUGCAGCUGAUUACUGGAAGAAAAGCUGUAAUUGAACUUGAGACUGAGCAAGAUGAGUUCAUUGGUAUUGUCUCAUGGUUCCACAAAAUGCGUAUGAAGAACAACACAUUCCACAUGGCCAUCGACCCGACAAUUGACCUCGAUGAAGAAGUGCUUGCCAGUAUCAAUACUGUUGCUGAGUUGGCUAGCCAAUGUUGUGCAAACAAGCCCUCUCAUAGGCCCGACAUGAGCCAUACAGUCAAUGUGCUUUCAGGUCUGGUUCAGCAUUGGAAACCAUCAACCUCUCAUUGUGAUGAGGUAUUUAGAUCGUUUGGAGAUGUCAAGUCAAAAGAUGAUAGCUACAUAUUUCCAAACGAGCGGCCACAAUUUACUCACAUCACUAAAAAUUUAGAUGAGUAGUUAAAAUUGUU